CUUGUGAUUUCCCGGUAAGCAUGUUCAACCUGAACACAAAUAUAAUACUAUACUGCAGUUUUAAUCACGAAACUGACAUUGUUUUAAGGUCGAAGAUUAUUUUGUCCAUUACUUAUCUUAUCACUGUGUGUGUGUGCAUGCGUGCGUGAGUAUGUGCAUUGCCUUAUCAUUGUGUAAUUGUAAAAUUUUAGCCCACUUGUAUAAAAGAGGAUGCAGGCGCUCAGGUUUUGAAGUCUACAGAACUGACAGCAGAGCUGAUGCGAUGAAGUGGGUCUUUGCAGCAUGUGCCAUGGUGGUACUAUCUGAGUGCCUCAUUCAUGUACCUCUGGAGAAGGGAAAGACAGCCAGGGAGAUCCUGGAGGAGCAGGGUCUGUGGGAGGAGUACAGGCUCAAGUAUCCAUACAACCCAAUGGCCAAGUUUGAUGAGCGCUUUGCUGUGGGCAAUGAGUCAAUGACAAAUGAUGCUGAUCUGGAUUACUAUGGAAUCAUCUCCAUUGGGACUCCUCCUCAGUCCUUCAAAGUCAUCUUUGACACUGGCUCCGCUAACCUGUGGGUGCCCUCCAUCUACUGCAGCAGUUCAGCCUGCAACAACCAUAACAAAUUUAACCCUGGCUUGAGCAGCACCUACAAACAGAACGGCAGUCCUGUCAGUAUCCAAUACGGCACUGGCAGCAUGACUGGAAUCCUUGGAUACGAUACUGUCAUGGUGGGUGGUCUCACUGUGAGGAACCAGAUCUUUGGCCUGAGCCAGACUGAGGCUACUUACAUGCAAUAUUUAAGUGCAGAUGGUAUCCUUGGCCUGGCAUACCCAGCCCUGGCUGCUUCUGGUGCUACACCUGUUUUUGACAACAUGAUGGCGGAGGGCCUGGUCAACGAGGACCUCUUCUCUGUGUACCUGAGCUCGUAAGGGCGAAUAGCUAUGCAUAGCUCUCAAGGCAGUGUAGUGACCUUUGGUGGUGUGGACCCUAACCACUACGAUGGUCCCAUCACCUGGAUUCCCCUCUCCAGUGAGCUAUACUGGCAGAUCACAGUGGAGAGUGUUACUAUAAAUGGUCAGAUUGUGGGUUGCAGUGAAAGUUGCCAGGCUAUUGUGGACACCGGCACCUCUCUGAUCAUUGGACCUCUGAGUAGCAUCAACAACAUCAAUGGUUGGGUGGGAGCUUACAGCCAGAAUGGAGAAUAUAUUGUCAGCUGCAACAAUAUUGCCAAAAUGCCAGAUGUGACCUUCCACAUCCAUGGACAGGAAUUUACCCUCCCAGCCUCUGCCUAUGUCCGUCAAUCUCCAUACAACGGCUGCAGUACUGGCUUCAGCAGCGGAGGUAACAGCCUGUGGAUCCUGGGUGAUGUCUUCAUCAGGCAGUACUAUUCCAUCUUCAACAGAGCCCAGAAUACAGUGGGUCUGGCCAAGGCUAAAUAGUCAGCCUGAAGGCAUCUCGGCCAAGAGCCUUUCAACAAUAUUGUUUUAUAGUUCAAUAGUAGAAUUUCAGUGCCAGUGCAAUGAUGUGUGAGGCUUGCCACUCACUCCAUUUCCCUAAAUCCAAUAAAAAACUGUGAAAUUAAUUUAACGGUUGUUUUAUUGCACAGCAAACACAUAUGACUCUAAAUCUCUGUUAAGGCUACUAUUCCAUCUCAUUUAGGAUGACAACCCAUAGGAACACAGUCUUCAGUGGUAACAUGCUACAUACAAAACUUGCACUCAACUGACUGAAUGAGAGUUACACAGCAAGAUCUAUCCAAACUUUGUGUGCUUUAAGCUAGUGGCCACAACAAAACAGUUAUGAAAGUGUUUUUUGUUUUUUUUGUUUUUAAUUAUAUUUUUAUCAGAAUUUAAUG